AUGGACACUGCGGAGGUAAUUCUCUCUGUGCUGGUGGUUGUGAUUAUCAUAGUGUCGUUGCUGUCCAACAUCCUGGUGCUGAUCUGCUUUCUGUACAACCCGGAGAUCCGCAAGCAGGUGCCCGGUCUGUUCAACCUCAACCUCACCUUCUGCAACUUGUUGCUGACCGUGUCCAACAUGCCGCUCACUUUGGUGGGACUCAUCAGCAAGGCUCAGCCGGGGGGAGACGGCUUCUGUCAGAUCGUGGGCUUCCUGGAGACCUUCCUGUCCACCAACUCGAUGCUGAGCAUGGCAGCUCUGAGCAUCGACAGGUGGAUCGCGGUGGUGUUCCCCCUGAGGUACCACUCCAAAAUGCGCCACAAGGACGCGGCUUUUGUGCUCGGGUACACGUGGGCGCACUCCAUGUCCUUCUCCACGGUGGCCACCUGCCUCUCCUGGGUGGGAUACCACCGGCUUUACGCGUCCUGCACCCUGUCCAACCCGAGGGCGAGCAGUCGGACCCAGUUUGUUAUCUUCACCGUGUUUUUCCACUCCUUCACCUUCCUGCUGUCUUUUAUAGUGUUGUGUGUUACAUACCUCAAAGUCCUUAAAGUGGCAAGGUUUCACUGUAAGAGGAUCGACGUUAUCACAAUGCAAACUUUGGUGCUGCUGGUGGAUAUACACCCCAGCGUUCGUCAGCGUUGCCUGGAGGAGCAGAAGAGGCGAAGGCAGAGAGCGACGAGGAAGAUCAGCACCUUCAUCGGCACCUUCAUGCUCUGCUUCGCUCCCUACGUGAUCACGAGGAUCGUGGAGUUAUUUCCAGCGGUGCCUAUCAACCCUCACUGGGGAAUUGUCUCCAAGUGCUUGGCUUACAGCAAGGCAGCCUGCGACCCCUUCGUGUACUCCCUGCUACGGCACCAGUACAAGAAGACGUGCACCGACAUCAUCAACAGGCUGCUGAAGCGCAGCUCCCUGAACGCGUCGGGCCGCGGGCAGCAGAACCAGGUCAACAGCAUACCGACCGAGUGACGGGGAGAGAGCGGGCUGAUGGGAUACGGUCUGAGAGGUUGACCCGGCAACCCGUCAGGGAAAUGUGAACCCGAUUUAUCGUCGAUGAGGACAAAUAUUGGUUGUUCCUGUUCACGUCUGCUUGAAUUUGGUCUGACAUGCUGAAAAAAAAAAAAAGAAAAAACAUAAAAAAAACAAGGAGUCACUGCACACAAGGGCAAAUCCCUGCACAGGAGUACCACCGCGCUUGUGCACCGAGUGCCCAGAACAGCAGAUCAGUGCGGUGAACUUGCUGCGAGGACAAUAAACAACUGCAGAUUUCACAUCCACCUGGAGAGACAGAUGUGCUCGCCCAGGAAGAACAGCCAGUUCCUAGCCUCAUUAUUCCAACUAGGGUAGCUUUCAGUCCGCUACGACGUACAGCUCACCACGUAUUGAUUUUGCAGUUUGUUUUUCCCGCAUUACACUGUAUAUUCAUCUUCUCAUUAACAACACGAUGGGAUGUCUGUUUUAGUCUGUGCAAAGUGUUUGCAAGUGACUAGUUGAUAAUUCUGUAUGUAGCACUGAAAACUAGCCGAACCAAAACUUGAGACGCCACUUUUCCCCUAAUUGUACUACAGAUGGAAUCACAGCGACGAGUGCUGCUGCCGUCCGGCUCAGGUGUUUUCAGGCCAAAUUAAGCAACAUCUUCAUUUUAUUUAGUGCUUUAUUUUUUUUGUAGUAUUCAGAAGGAAACAGCAACAUAACGUAUUUUUGCUCUCAACACCCAUUUGGACGGAGUUUUAAUAGGACAAACCGAGCCUUCAAACCGGCUGCCUUUUGCUGUCACGACUGAUUGUGCCCCUCAGGUUGCUCGGUCAAGUGGAGCGUGAUCAACUGUACUUCCCUGGGUUUUGUACCCACACACAUGAGUGACCCGUAGAGCAGAUAUAUAUAUGAUGUCUUUUUUUUUUUUUUCUUUAGCAGAAUGAUUUAACAGCCGUGACAGCCAUCCGUGCAAAAGGUACAAGCGGAUCUUAGGACAAAGCGUCUCUGGAGGCGUUUUUGCUCGAGAAACUGGAGAAAAAGUGUCUGAUUUGUUUUCUAUACGUCCAAUUCGUGUUGCAUGUGUAAUGGUGAUAGCUGAGAACACCUAAGUCUAGAAUCAUCGGGACAUUCAGCAGGUUUGCCAUUAGCUGUAGACUAGCAUGACUGCUAUUAAAGUCAGCUAGGCAACGACUCUAGAUUUCCUCGUGAUGGCUAGAUUGCAAAAUUUAAUUGCAAACACUAAAUUGCAUAGCGUAACAUCAUCAAAAGGUUUCUACCUCGGAGGUGACUUGCGUGCUUUCUCGUGAAGGCCCGUCUCGAGCUGAACUAAGCAAUAGGUUAUGUUGAAAACCCUCCUGAAGGAAUCACAAAACACAGGCGAGAACAUUUCAGAUCGUUGUUACCUGAUUGUGUAACACCUGAAAUGAUGCAAUAGCUGUAACCUUUAUUACACACAACCUGCGAGUCUCCCACAAUGCUGCACCGACAGCUGGAGGGCAAAAGCCUGUGAAACAAGAGUAAACUCUCCUCACUAUCAAACUUAUUUCCUUUUUUUUUUCUUGGUAAAAACAUGAUAUUGAAGAAAAU